ACUUUCCGCAAACUAAAACAAAUCCACCUGAGCUUUACUAUCAGAACCUCUUUUAACAAUGGCCGUCAUUUUCUCUCACUUAUCCUCCCUCCGAUCAUCCGAGGCGCCGUCAUUCUCUUCCCUCUCCCACUACGGCAUUCAGUCAUCGCGCCCUUCCGGCGCAUUCGUUCCUUCUCCGGUCACAUUUCCGGCCAUUCGUCGACGCAUCUCAUGCCAGAUCAGCUCUCCGGCAUCCUCUCCUUCGUCGUCCGUCAAUGGAAAUGCAAAUGCCAAUCAGAAGGACUUUUUACAUAUUAGCGAUUUCGACAAGUCAACUAUUUUGAACAUCUUGGAUCGAGCCAAAGAGGUCAAAGCACUGAUAAAAUCAGGAGAGAGGACAUAUCUCCCAUUUCAAGGUAAAACAAUGGCAAUGAUAUUUGCUAAGCCAUCCAUGAGGACACGCGUUUCCUUCGAGACAGGGUUUUACUUGCUUGGGGGCCACGCUAUAUACUUGGGACCAAAUGACAUACAGAUGGGUAAGCGGGAAGAAACUCGUGAUAUUGCUCGUGUUCUGUCUCGCUACAAUGAUAUCAUUAUGGCCCGAGUUUUUGCCCAUCAGGACAUUCUAGAUCUUGCUAAAUACGCAACUGUACCAGUGAUUAACGGCCUGACAGACUACAACCAUCCUUGCCAAAUUAUGGCCGAUGCCCUUACAAUAAUUGAACAUGUUGGUCAGCUGGAAGGAACAAAGGUUGUCUACAUUGGAGAUGGAAAUAACAUAGUGCAUUCUUGGUUGCUGCUGGCAUCAGUAAUUCCCUUCCACUUUGUUUGUGCCUGUCCAAAAGGUUUUGAACCUGAUGAGGAAACAGUUAAGAAAGCACAACAGGCUGGAGUAAGCAAAAUUGAGAUAACUAAUGAUCCAAAGGAAGCUGUUAGAGGAGCUGAUGUCGUGUACUCAGAUGUCUGGGCUAGCAUGGGACAAAAGGAAGAAGCUGCACAGCGCCAUCAGGUGUUUCACGGAUUCCAGGUGAACGAAGAAAUCAUGAAAUUAGCUGGACAUAAGGCUUAUUUCAUGCACUGUUUGCCUGCAGAAAGGGGAGUGGAAGUCACUGAUGGAGUAAUUGAAGCGCCAAACUCAAUCGUAUUUCCCCAAGCAGAGAACCGCAUGCAUGCACAAAAUGCGAUUAUGCUUCAUGUAAUGGGCUUGUAAUUGCAUUGUUUAACCUUAUAGUUAAACUUGUUUUCUUCCUAAAUUGUACUUUACUUGGAGCAUUAAAGAGCUUGGUGGAUAUGUCUGUUCAUAUAACUCAAGGGAUUAAUUACAAUCGUAUGGGCUUGUAAUUGCAUUGUUUAACCUUAUAGUUAAACUUGUUUUCUUCCUAAA